GAAUCUAAAUUUAUAAUAUUAAAACAAAGCAUGUAAUCAGAAUUGACUUUGUUAUGGAUAGUUGCCGGAUGCCGGCAUGCGGUGUAGCCAUUUUGAGUUACUGUAAUGGCUGGCGGCCGCCAUGUCACAGAAGUAAAAUCACAGUUCACACCUAGAUAACUUACUAGUGCAAUACUAAUCGAUCCAGUAUAUUGUGCUCAAGUUAUUGUCAAUGUAUGGUAUAUUGUGAGUUGUUCUUUGCAAGACACCUAUAAUUAUUGGAAUCAGUUUCAUUAGCAAGAAGGAGUGUCAGUGAUUACACAAAAUAUCAUUUUGUGAGCAAUGUAUGUUCUUAGGACUCAGAUGGAUGGAAAUGUAGUUCACCCUCACCCUGGGGUGGUACCGGGGGGGAUUCCGGGCGUAGUCCACGGCAUGGCAGUCCAUGGAGCAGGACCUGAUGGGGAGCAUGCCCCGCACGGGCCGCGCCGCCGUUACCAAAACCGGCCUAAGCCUCCUAGUAACUUGGAACGUCUUCCACUGGAUGAAGCUGCUAAAAGGGAAAUGGAAUCUCUGCCACUUAAGACUCCUGUGUCUGUGUUGCAAGAAUUACUGGCUCGUCGUGGGACUGUCCCCAAAUAUGAGCUGGUACAAAUAGAAGGAAUGAUACAUGAACCAACUUUCCGUUACAGAGUCACUGUUGCUGAUAUGGUUGAUGUAUUUACAGCUAUGGGCACUGGGCGUUCAAAGAAAGAAGCCAAGCACUCUGCAGCUAAGGCUCUUCUUGAUAAGUUAACUGGUGCUGCACCAGCUGAUCAAUCUACCAAUGGCAAUGUGCCAGAAACGGGAACAGUAGUAUCAUCAUUUGAAGAUAAAUUGAUGGGCAACCCCGUUGGCUGGCUUCAAGAGCUUUGCAUGUCUCGUUUUUGGCCACCGCCUUCUUACCAUGUUGAAAAUGAUGACAAUGUGAACAGGCGUUUGCCUCAUGAGCGUCAGUUCACUAUUGUGUGCACUUUGCUAAAACGUCGUGAAGUAGGGACUGGGAAGUCUAAAAAACUUGCCAAGCGACAGGCAGCUUACAAGAUGUGGCAAGCUCUUCAGGACAACCCUCCGGAAUCUUUCCAGCCUGAAGAAGAGGGCGGAGUCGCGGCCCGUUAUGCCGACUUGAAAGAUAGUAAAAUCUCCACUCUGACUACAAGUCACAGCCACAAGGUGUCGCAGUUUCACAAACAUCUCAAACAGUCUGUCGGCCCAAACCUGGCCAAGUUGCAGGUGACACCCUUGAAUAAUAAGGAUUUCAAUUUUGUCCAAUUUCUGCAAGAGAUUGCAUCAGAACAGUCUUUUGAAGUCACUUACGUGGAUAUUGAAGAGAAGUCAAUGACUGGACGUAGUCAGUGUCUUGUCCAGUUGUCUACAUUGCCAGUGGCAGUCUGCUAUGGAUCAGGACUUACUAGCAAGGAUGCUCAGUCUUCUGCAGCUCAGAAUGCUCUUGAGUACCUCAAGAUCAUGACUAAAAAGUGAAUGGUCACAUCACUUUGCAACAUCAACUCCAAAAGCUAAGUGCCCCACAGUAUUACUAUCAAUGUAACAAGUUAUCCUUAGUGAUAACUUAUUAGUGGUGAAGACAUGGCACUGGAGCUGGGGAUUGAUGUUGUUAGGUUUUGAGCCUACACUUAUCUUUAUCACCACUUCCCAUUUGAAUAUGGCAUUUUGCCUAUGUGCCAACAGCACUUCGGGCUAUGCUUUAUAACUGGCAUGUUUGCAGUAUCUUACUUGUGAUUUUUUUCUCCUUUAGUUUUUAUUUGCACUUGCCCAUCUCAUUAGUGCAUAGAGUCAAGUACUAUUUAUUUAAGUUUCUUUUUUUACACUUUUACAAACAUCAACAAGUGAGUUUUCACUUGUACUACUACUGCCAAUGUGCGAGGAUAAAUGGCAUAGCCCGUAAAUUUUAAUGAAACAAAGUAUGGAGUGGUUACACAACAAAAUACAAGCUAUACUUUGCAUAGAAUUAGUGUAAUUUUCCCAGCGUGGAAAUUACUUAAUAAAUAGAAAUAUAAUAAUAAAAAAACAAAAAAAAUAUAAAAUAUACAAAAUGUAAAAAAAAAGUGUGGAUAUUUCCAGUUUAAUAUUCAGCAUUAUAUAGGCAUGAUUUUUGCAUUCAUAUUAAUAAAAUGUAUACUUAUCAGACAAAAGUUAAAGUCUUAGCUUUUAAUGUGUAAUUAUUAUAAUCAUGGCAUAGCCAGUCAUAUUUUUCCAUUUUGUUUAUCCAGUUAUAUACCUAUAUUACAUAAAUUUAGUUAAGUGUCGUGUGUUAAGAAGCUAUCUAACAUGCUGAGCAUUAAACGGAAAAAAACUAUUCUCAGCUAGUAUUGUCUUGUUGACGAACUGCCCGACCUUUGCUUUUAACAAGCUCCAACAUUGCGAUUUACUUGAAACUGAUAUGAAUUUUUGCCAAACGCAAGGGUUGGAAUUUGUAAAUGAAUCAUAAGAGGCAGGAUUGCAGAGUGUUAUUAUUUAAAUUUGAACCAGUGAGUCUAGGUUUUCUUUUGAAUACAAGAUGGUUAACUUUGCAGGGAAGCUGAGAACUACGUGCUAGAGUGAGAUAUCACUGGAAUUAGUGGUUGCGAAGUUAGGAUCCCUUGCCUGUGAAAAUGGGCAUUAUUUUAAUGCAAAGUAUAGAGGUUGUAACAAUUUCUAACUGUACAGUGUCGUCGUCAGUGCUUUGCCUUUACUUGCCGGGCAAAGACGAGGAUCCUGCACGCACCAAGUUUCUUUUAAAUUGAAUGGUGUGAGUUCAACCUGCCCUUGUAAAACAUCGCACUGUUCAAGUUAGAAAAGACUACUCGAGUAAAGGAUUGGAGUUCCGUUCAACCAAGACCAACUAAAUAAAAUUAUAAAUGUCCGACCGUCGCGGCAUUAAAAUUUCAUAUAUUAUUUUUAUGUUUAGUGAGUCUUGGUUUUACAUGUUCUUGUGAUUUAUCUCAAGAUAGUAAAAUAAUAAAUUGUAGAUUAUCGUCAUCUAUGUGAACCUAUCACACUUCUCACCUAUUUAUGUGAAACGGUUUUUCUAACAUAUAAUAAUGGUAAACUAACUUAAUUUUUUGCUAUGAAUUAUUUCUGCGCUAAAUAAAAUAAAUUUGAUGUUGCUUAGAA